AUGGGCUUCAUUGAUGACAAUACACUCGAUGUCAAGCGUGAGACCGCAGAGUUCGAAGCCAUUGAGCGCUGGACCAACCACGACCCCCAAAACCGCAAAAACCACUUUUCUCGUCUGCUGGAGAAGGUCUGUUUCUCUGAAAUCUCAAACGAGUAUGUGAAAAUCAAUGUCUUGAAAAACUCUCUGGUCGGCCACAUUGACUUCAGAAAAUUUGUCUUGAGUGGCCUCAACACCUCGUCUUGGCUUCCAGGAACCAUCCUGCUGGCGAUCGGCGGCUGGAGCGGCGGCAAUCCCACCAACGUCAUCGAGGGGUUUGACUGGAAGGCUAAUCACUGGGUCAACGUGACCAACCAUCAGGAGGGCCCUCGUGCUUACCACGGCGCUGUGUUCCUCGACGGCUCGGUGUACUGUGUGGGAGGUUUUAACCGUUUGGAGCAGUUCAACAGCAUUACGACUGAACACGGCUGA